AUGGCUCAAAAAAUAUGCCAGGCUUUCGGACAAGGUUCUAUCAGCACUCGCACCACCCAAAGGUGGUUUAGAAAAUUUUCUUCCGGUGAUGAGUCGCUUAAAGAUGAGCCACGAGAAGGGCGGCCAUAUGUCAUUAAUAAUGAUGAAUUACAGGCUGCAAUCGAAGAAGAUUCCACUCAAACUUGUCAGAUAUUAGCACAAAAGUUCUCCAUAAGUGAUGAAACUGUCCAUUUACAUUUGCAUAGUCUUGGAAAAGUUUACAAGCUCAGCAAAUGGAUCCCUCAUCAAUUGACACCUGCCAAUAUUGUGCGUAUGGUGGACCACAAAUGGAUUUGUUCACUAUGA